UCAUCACCCUGCGACCGCCUGCCCCGCGACGCGCCGGGUGCUGGCGCAGCUCUUCGCUCUCCCGGCCUCCCCCUCCCUGGUUCCGCGCUCUGGUUCCGCCAUGGAAUCCAACAAGGAUGAAGCCGAGCGCUGUAUUAGCAUCGCCCUCAAGGCCAUCCAGAGCAACCAGCCCGACCGGGCGCUCCGCUUCCUGGAGAAGGCGCAGCGGCUGUACCCGACGCCGCGAGUUCGCGCCCUGAUCAAGUCCCUCAACCAGAAACCACAGUCGGCCGGCGACCAACCGCAACCCGCCGAGGCAACCCAGGCGACUCAUAGGAAAGCAGGUGGGGCCAGCGCCCCCUCGGCCAACGGUGAAGCCGGAGGAGGAGAGAGCACCAAAGGCUACACUGCCGAACAAGUAGCGGCCGUGAAAAGGGUCAAGCAAUGUAAAGAUUACUACGAGAUCCUGGGGGUGAGCAGAGGGGCCUCAGAUGAGGACCUGAAGAAGGCCUACCGCAGACUGGCCCUCAAGUUCCACCCUGACAAGAACCGCGCGCCUGGCGCCACUGAAGCUUUCAAAGCCAUUGGCACAGCAUACGCAGUACUUAGCAACCCAGAGAAAAGGAAGCAGUAUGACCAGUUCGGCGAUGACAAGAACCAGGCAGCCCGGCACGGCCAUGGGCACGGGGACUUCCACCGCGGCUUUGAAGCCGACAUCUCCCCUGAAGACCUCUUCAACAUGUUCUUUGGAGGUGGCUUCCCGUCUAGUAACGUCCAUGUCUAUAGCAACGGCCGCAUGCGCUACACGUACCAUCAAAGGCAGGACCGCAGGGAGAACCAGGGUGAUGGUGGGCUGGGGGUGUUUGUCCAGCUGAUGCCCAUCCUCAUCCUGAUCCUCGUGUCAGCUCUCAGCCAGCUCAUGGUUUCCAGUCCACCCUACAGUCUCAGCCUGAGACCGUCGGUGGGCCACGUCCACAGGCGAGUCACCGACCACCUGAACGUCGUUUACUACGUGGCAGACACGUUCUCUGAGGAGUACACGGGCUCCAGCCUCAAAAUGGUUGAACGGAACGUGGAAGACGAUUAUAUUGCCAAUCUCCGAAACAACUGUUGGAAGGAGAAGCAGCAAAAGGAAGGCUUGCUGUACCGGGCCCGCUACUUUGGCGACGCAGAUAUGUACCACAAAGCACAGAAGAUGGGCACCCCGAGCUGUAACCGACUGUCAGAGGUGCAGGCCUCCCUGCAUGGAUAGUCCUGGGCCAGCCUGCCACCGAGGUCCAAACUAUGAAAUCCCUGGAGAACUUGUGGUGACAUGCACUGAGCCAAGGUGACGAACUGUAUAUUUAAGGAAAGACAAAAAAAGAAAAAAAAAUUAAAAUGGAAUUGGAGGCCGGACGCUGCACAACUGCCCUCUCUCUCACCCAGUAAAUGCAGAAAGCUGUUAGGACAGACAGGAAAACCUGCCAUGGGGCUGCUUCCCUUCCUCCCAGGGCUGGCAGAGGCUCAGGCUCCACAUCGGCUCUCUCCUAGGAUACAGAAACCAUGACAACGAAAGUAGAAUGUAAAACUUGCAGCAAAUGUCUGUAGGAAGGGCUGGGGGAGGGGGCACCCAACUGCCUUUCUUCCCCCCUCCCAGGAGCUACCACCAGUCACCUCAGUGGAGGUAAUCAGAGGUGUUGGCCAAGGAUAGAGAGGAGGAGGAAAGAGAACUCUCUGUAGAAUGUAAUUUAUAGAUGCGUGUAUAUGUAUAUAUCUAUUUAUAUGUAAAUAACAUAUAUAAAGAUAUAUAGAUAUAUAGA